GUGUGCGCGCGCGCGCGUGCGUGUGUUUAUGACAGCUGCAUCAGUCGCAUUCGGACGCCUCGAUCUCUCGUGUUUAAUGAGCGCUAAUGAACUCGAUUAAUGAAGAACACACACACGCGCCGGAUGUGCUGCUGCUACAAGAAGAGAGUGUGUGUGUGUGAGUGUGUGUGAAUCGUGCUGUUGAUUCAGCAGCUCUUCCACCACUGCGCUGAGCUGUGCGUGCGUGCGUGCAUGCGUGUGCGUGUGUGAGCAUGAUCGAGUGCAUGUGUUCUCGUGAUUCUGGAGUCUGGAUGGCCGCUCGUGUGUGAGUCUGGCGGACACACCGCUGCAUUUCCCCGCAGACGCCCGGACAGCGCGCCGCCAGGAUGCCCGCGGAGAAACCGGACCCUGAGGAGCUGCCGACCCAACCCUCGUCUCCAGAUAACCCAGAGCAGGAGAUUGUUCAGGAGACGGCGGAUUCUCCAUCUUCAGAUGCCGUCGCAGAGGCACAUACGGAGAGCUCUGGGAUUGGCACAGAGAAAUCGUCCAGUCCUGACAGCGAGUCGAACCCACUUAGCUCCAGCAGCUCUAAUGAACAGGUCAUUCCCAGCGUCCUGAAGGAGAGUUCAUGUGAAGAGUUGGACGACUCUCAGACAUCAUCUCCAGAUGAUCAGUGUGUAAAUCAAGCAGAAGCUCCUGAUGGAUCUCCUGAAACGGAGGAUCUUCCUCCUCAUCCUGAACCCAGCUUGACGUCUGACCCUGCAAAGGAAGAUCUUAAGGACCCGCUGGCUCUCUACAGUACACUACCAGCUCACAGCAUGACCCUGCUGCACGGAUUAACCUACCAUCCAUCCUUUCCCACCAGAAACUAUAUACCAGAGAACUGCUACACGCUGCCGCUGCACCGGGACAGCUUUCCAAACCGGAAAUCGGAGCAGGAUGUCUCCGCAGUCAGCCAUCCCGUCCAUCACAUCCGGCCGACUCUGGAUCUGUCAGCAGAUGAUCACCUGGCACCGCUGCAGCACGCGUAUUUCCAAGACCUCUACCGGACACUCAUCCCGCAGAAACGCGCCAGCAUGGUCAGCCUGGACACCAUCCGGAAGGACCCACGCUGGAGGGACCCAAACCUGCGGGAGGUCAUCGCCAUGCUGAGCCACCCCAUGGACCCGGUGAAGUCUAACGCCGCCGCGUACCUGCAGCACCUCUGCUACGAGAACGAUAAAGUCAAGCAGGACGUCCGGCAGCUGCGCGGGAUCCCCGUCCUGGUGGGGCUCCUGGAUCACCCCAAACCCGAGGUGCACCGUAAGGCCUGCGGAGCGCUCCGAAACAUCUCCUUCGGCAGAGACAACUUCAACAAGGUGGCGAUCAAGAACUCGGACGGCAUCCCGGCGCUGCUGCGGCUGCUGAGGAAGUCCAAUGACGUGGAAGUCCGAGAGCUGGUCACAGGAACGCUGUGGAAUCUGUCGUCUCACGAGCCGCUGAAGAUGAUGGUCAUUAAUCACGGCCUGCAGACGCUUACGGACGAGAUCAUCAUCCCGCACUCGGGUUUAAGAGGAGACCCCAAUGAUCCAGCCCGUCCCGGAGACCCAGAGUGGAACACCGUCUUCAAGAACACGUCUGGAUGCCUCAGGAACGUGAGUUCAGACGGAGCCGAGGCGCGGCAGAGACUGCGGGAGUGUGACGGACUGGUGGACGCCCUGCUGCACGCGCUUUACUCUGCCGUCGCUAAAAGAGACAUAAAUAACAAAUCGGUGGAGAACUGUGUCUGUAUCUUGCGUAAUCUCUCCUACCAUGUGCACAAAGAGGUUCCCGGAGCUGAGAAAUUCCACAUCCAGGCGGCCAGUCACAAUGCCAAACCAGCAGGACACCACAAGAAGGACAAGCCGGACUGUUUUGGCGGACGGACAACCAAAGAGGAAUGGUUCCAUCAGUGCAAAAGACACGGAGCUGUAGAGAAGAAGAGCGGCGGUGCUGAUCUGCCCAAGAGGAGUCUGCCGAUGAGAGGACUGGAGCUCCUGUACCAGCCAGAGGUGGUGCGUCUCUACCUGUCGCUCCUCAAGCUGAGUCAGAACCACAACACACUGGAGGCGGCGGCUGGAGCUCUGCAGAACCUGUCAGCCGGACACUGGGCCUGGUCUAACUAUAUCCGGGCGACAGUGCGUAAGGAGAAGGGUCUGCCGGUGCUGGUGGAGCUGCUGCACUCGGAUGCGGAUAAAGUAGUGCGAGCUGUGGCCAUCGCGCUCAGAAACCUGGCCAUCGACCACAAGAACAAAGACCUGAUCGGGAGUUACGCCAUGAGGGAUCUGGUCAGCAACCUGCCCUGCGGCCAGCAGCGCCCCGCCAAAAACCUGGAGGGAGACACGGUAGUGGCCAUCCUGAACACCAUCCUGGAGAUCAUCUCCGAGAACCUGGAGAACGCCAGAUUCCUCAUCCAGGGACAGGGCAUUCAGAAACUGGUGUCAAUCAACAGAACAAGCCAAUCAGUGCGCGAGACCAAAGCGGCGUCACACAUCCUGCAGGCGGUGUGGGCCUAUAAAGACCUGCGACACACACUGCUGAAGGCCGGCUGGAACAAAACACACUUCAAGCCAGCCGUCUCCAGCCUGCCCAAAAAACUGAAGAACACCAAACAAGGGAACGAUGACAUCACACUGCCGCUGAUGGAGAAGAACCAAGACGGAUACUGCAGCGUGGAUCAGCCAGAGAGAGCAGGAGACGCUCCCUGCCACAUGAUCGAACGAGAAACUUUUCAGGGUGUGAAUGAUAAGAGGCACUUCAUCAGGACCAGCAGGCCGGCGGUGGGCUUAGUGGAGCGGACCCCUCAGCCGCUGGACUCCUGGGUCUGAACUGGCUGCAGAUCCACAUUGACAGACGCGACCAGCCUUCAGCACAAUCAAACCAGAGAAAAUCAGCAGAUCAUCAUGUGUUCAUCAUCCACACCAACAGAAGCUGGAGGAACGGCGUCGAGAUCGUCUGGAAGUGGACUUUGACUCUUUGCUGCUUUUGGCAAUCUUCACUGUUAAACUCAAGAUUCAUGAUGUGAGCAGUCGUCUGGAGAUCUGAUAAUCCGCCAUAUUAUGAUCUUGUGUUGUUUCUAUGCUUUCCUUUCCUUUGUUUUCUUUGUUGACGAGUCUCUAAAGUGUAUAGUAAGUGUUCCGGAUGUUUCUGUGAUUAACCUCAUGGACCAUUUCAGUUCUCUGUCUUAUGUUUUAUGCACAAAAGAAAUGAUAUCAUGAUAUAUGAUGAAUAUGAGUAGAUCAUGGGGCUAAAAUUCACAUUAAAAAAUACUGUAGUAACUUACGGUAAACACUGCAGUGUUUUUGAAGCGUACAGUAGUACAGUACAAUUAAUCUGGUGAGGCUACAAUUUCAAUGGUGAUACAACUACUACAGUAGUACCCUCACUGGCCACUUUAUUAGGUACACCUAUCUAGCUGCUCAUUAAUGCAAAUUUCUAAUCAACCAAUCACAUGGCAGC